AUGAAGAACACACUCCUUUUGUUCAGCCUCGGUGUGGGCAGCGUCUGCUCAUACGCCAUUGAGUCCAGACAGGGCUCUGAUGACACUUGGGCACCCGGUGGCCCUGACGAUGACCGUGGCCCAUGCCCGAUGAUGAACACGCUGGCGAACCAUGGCUUCCUGCCACACAACGGCCGUAAUCUGACCGAGGACGCGGUGGUGGCUGGCCUCAAGAACGGUCUCAACUUUGCCGAGUCCCUGGGCCAGGUGAUGUUCCAGGCGGCAAUCGGCAUCAACCCGGAGCCGAACGCGACCUACUUCACUCUCGACAUGCUCAACGCCCACAACGUCCUCGAGCACGAUGCCAGCAUGAGCCGUCACGACUACUACUUUGGCAACAACCACGUCUUCAACGAGAGCAUCUUCGACCUGACCAUCCAGUACUGGACUGAAGAGAUCCUGGAUUCCAACCAGCUCGCCAUGGGAAAGCUUGCCCGCCAGGUCCAGUCCAAGGCGUUCAACCCCACCUACACCUUCACCUCUACUACUGAGAGCUUCAGUCUGGGUGAGGUCUCCGCUCCCGUCAUCGCCUUUGGCGAUCUGGCGACGUCGACGGUCAACAGGACCCUUGUCGAGUAUUUCUUCCGAAAUGAACGCCUGCCCACUGAGUUGGGAUGGACCAAGAAGGUAGACGAGGUCACGCUGGAUAAUAUCACUGCGCAGACGCAGGCCAUUGCUGAUGCUGCGACUCUCCUCACAUCUUCCAAUACCACGACGACCACUCGCCGCAGUUGGGUGUCGCCGCGUGACUUGCACGGAGGUGCGCUGUUUCCAUACAACAAGUAA